AUGAAAGAAGCUCAUAUCGACGCUGAUACAAAUGUCACCAUUCACGAUGUGCCAACACCUAAAAUUCUCGAUCCACAUCAGAUUCUUGUCAAUGUGGUAGUAUCAGGCUGCAACCCGAAGGACUGGAAGAUGCCUGCCGGUAUGCUUGUUACCAUUGGUUCCUGUCCCAAUAGCGGCGACGAUAUAGCAGGUGAUUAG